AUGGCCUCUUUGAAGCACAAACCUUCUUUUGAUGAUGUUGAGAAAGUCGAGGAAUUAUCACCCUCCAUCCAUGACCACGAGAGGGACCAAACAGUAUGGCAAGCGUUUAAGGGCCAUCCGAGGAUCGCACUCUUCGCUCUGGCAGCAUGCAGCUCAGGCAAGAUGUUUGGCUACGACCAGAUCGUCAACGGGGCAUCGAUCGCAUUGCCAUCGUUCAUCUUGUACUUUGGCACCGUUAGCGAUACAACACAUGAGCCGUACCUACCAAGCGUCUGGACUUCACUAUGGACGGCGAUGUCGGCACUUCUUCAGGCUCUUGGUGGCAUUUCCAUCGCACCAGUAUCUGAUUGCAUUGGCAGAAGAUGGCCUUCCAUCGGCUGCUGUGUGGUAUCGGCAGGCGGUGUAGCCAUCCAAUUCGCUUCGGCCUCGCGAGGCAUGCUGCUAGCUGGUAAGAUGGCGAAUGGCUUUGCCAUAGGCGCUGGACUUGCCGUGGCUACUGCUUGGGCUUCUGAGAUCUCACCAAUGCGACUUCACGGUCCCAUCCAGUCGGCUAUUGUACUGUCGACUGUCCUCAUGCAAGCAAUGGGUCUUGUGGUUCUGCGGCAGAAUGUGGCCACAAUCGAGCAAAAGGCUUUCAGGCUUGUCUUCGCCAUCCAAUGGGCCUGCCCCGGCUUGACUGCACUGCUGUUCUUGCUAGUACCAGAGUCACCGACUUGGCUCAUGUUGAGGGGUCAACCCGAGAAGGCCAAGGCAUCUGUCUACCGACUCUACGGCAGUGCCACUGCAGAGAGCCAUUCCGGACACGUCGAGCGGGAUAUUCGAGAAGAGGCGGACACUGAACAUGCGACUGGCAUAGGCGGAGGGCGUUGA